CAACAUAAACAAGUAAACAACAAAGUGAUUUAGAAAAAAAAGAAAAGAGGAUGGGUUUGAAGGUUCCAACUAUAGAUUUUAGGAACUCAUCAGAGUGGAAAAAAGGAAGUGAAAAAUGGAAUUUAGUGAGAGAUGAAGUUUUCAAAGGUUUAGAAAAAUAUGGUUGUUUUGAGGCUUUACUUGAUGGAGAAAUUCCAAAAGAAAAACUAUAUGAAAAGUUGAAACAAGUUUUUAAUUUCAAUUUGGAGGAAAAAUUUGGAAAAUCACAAAAUGUGUUGGUAGGUUAUACUAGAGAUAAUCCUAGAACACCACUUCAAGAGAGAAUGAUGAUUGUCAAUGUCCUCACUCAUAAUGCUAUUGAGAACUUCUCCUACAUCCUUUGGCCUAAGGGAGACCCUCAAUUCUGUGAUUUGGUGCUUGGUUACUCCAAGAAAUUAUUAGAAUUUGAUGAUAUGGUAAGAAUAAUGGUAUUUGAGAAAUUGGGGUUGGAAAAAUACUUGGAUGAGCACAAAAAAUCAGGUGAUUACUUACUUAAUUGUAUGAAGUACAAAGUGCCUAAAGCUGAGGAGACAAAUGUUGGAGUACCUCCUCAUACUGAUAAAAUCAUUUCAACAAUUUUAAGCCAACAUGAUCAACAUGUCAAUGGGCUUCAAAUUUUGGACAAAAAUGGACAAUGGCUUGAUCUUCAAUACUCAUCACCUCAUUCAUACAUGUUCUUUGUUGGUGAUUGUUUGAAAGCAUUUACAAAUGGUAGGCUGCAUUCUUCUACUCAUAGAGUUAUUAUGGGAAAUGAAGAGAGGUUUUCUAUGGGUUUUACCACAAUUCCUAAAGAAGGGUAUAUCAUAAAAGCACCAGAGGAAGUUGUUGAUGAAGAUCACCAUUUGCUUUACAAGCCCUUUGAUGGUUCCAAAUAUCUUCCAUUUUAUAUGUCAGAGGGUAAACGCGGCGUUGUUGCAACUCUCGAGAGCUUUUGUGGUGUCUCAGCUAAUACUCCAAACUUGUCUUGAUACAGACUUUUGAUUGUCCGCCCCGCCCCUCUCUUGCUUCUAAUAACCCUCUAUCUUGUAAUAGUAUUUUACUUGAGAUCUAGCUUCUUUGGAGUUUGUUAACAUUCCAAACUUGUCUUGAUACUGACAUUUGAUUGUUGGCCCCUCUAUCUUGUAAUAGUUUUAAACUAGUAUUUAAAGAGGCGUAUUCAGA